CCUUGGAAAACUCGUAUCGAAAGUGAAGCAACCAACCAACAUAACCAGCAACAUACUUUAACUCAACACACGACUGACUAUCAAAUUACUUUUACUGUGAAACCAAUGCGAGUGCAGAAUGUCGAAUGCCAGCCCCAACCCCAACCGCAACCCCAGCCGCAACCCCAAGCCCAACGACAACAGCAAUGACCAGCCGCCAGCUGCCAAGAGGCAGCGACUAUCAGAUGUUGGAAACGCAGCUGAAGAUACGCUGAAUGUGGAAAGCAGUGUGGGUGUGGUGGGUGGGUGUGCGGGCUCUGGCGACUCUGAUCUUGGUAAGCGGCUGCAGCAUCUGCUGCUGUGCGUUGUGUGCCAGGAGGUUCCACAUCCAGACGAAAGCUAUCAGUGCAGCCAUGGGCACAUCAUGUGCGAUGACUGCAAGACCCACAUACUGGCUGAUGCCAGAAUCAAGAGCAGGGAUGCCCUGUGCCCCAGUUGCCGGGUGGUCAUUAGCAACAAGGAGCUGGAACAGAAUCUGGUGGUGCGCCAGGCCCUCUGGGAGCUACCCAUCUGCUGUCCGAGCUGCGAUGUUCAGCUUUCAGAAGUGAAAAAUCUCUCAAAACACUUGAAGAACGACUGUGAGCAGCGUGUGGUUCGAUGCAAGUACCACUGCCUGGGCUGUGACUGGGAGGGCACUCACAAAGAGAGCGUGCUCUCGCAUGAUGCCUGCUGUGGGUUUCCCCAGAAGACGGGAAAGGAUAUCUUAGAGCUUCUGCUGCGUGCCGAUGCCAAGCUGCAUGUGGCCCAAAUGCCACUCAUGCAGCUCCAUCGGAAGCUGAGUGCUAGCCGCGUCAACUUUGUGACCUUGAAAAUGAAAUGGAUAGAUAUCAUAGAUGUGGAGAGCCCGGAGGAUAUACGCGAACGAACACUCGAGUCUCAGACGAUCAGCGCCUUCGAGGAGCAAUGGGUGCUGCGCUUACAUCUGACGAGCAUUGGGGAAAAACGCGCGGUCAGCUGCCAGCUGCUGCUGAUGACUACCCCACGAGACAAACUAAUGGUCGACCACAUGAUCCAGAUGCCGCGGAGUGUCUGCAGCGUCAAUCAGCAGCAGGACAUACGCACACGUCAUUAUCGCCAACUCUUUGAUUUGACCAACAAGGGCGGAGGGCGUCAGGAGCUGCCCUUGGUGGGACAACAGGCCCUGUACCGACUCUUUGCCAUGAGCGAGAUCUAUCUCCGUUUGUGGAUGUUCCUGCAUUGUUGAGCUGAUGUUAAUCGCCUUUAAAUUUCAGUUUAAGCCUUUAUUGGGCACAACAUAUUUUGAUUUGAUUUUUUUCAUCGUUAAUUAAGAGCCUUGGGCAACUGCUUAGGGCUUGGGCGACUGCUGGAUCUGCUCGUUCACGGUGUUGGAGAGUUUCUGGAGGGCAGCAAGACCUUCCGCAGCGGCAGCCUUUGCCUUCUCCUGUAAAUCCUGCAGAAGCAAUCGAGUGGAUUAGGCACAGGUUUUUCGGGCUGGUGCCUUCAAGUGUCGGCAAGGCUUACCUUAACGUUAUCCUCGCUGAAAAAUUCCUUGGCCUUCACCAGCAGUUCGUUGAACUGAGUCUCCAACUCCGUCUUUGCGGGCUCCUCACGGGUCACGCGAGCGCACAUGCACACCUGAAAGCAGAAACCAUCAGUCACAGUCACAGUCCCCUUCUACCGCAGAUCUAUCCCAACUUACGGCGACGAGGGCGAACAGGAAGAAGAUCAAAGCAAUCUUGGCCAUUUUAGUUUUUAGUUUGUUUUACUGCUUGAGAGCUGCUCUUUACUGGAGAAC